CAACUCCGCGGGGGAGCUUUAUCGGAUCUCUUGCUCGCCGGUAAUAAUUAUAAUAACUCUCGUCUUUGUGUACCAUAGAGUACAUGAUGUUGACCUCACGGGCCACUGCCCGGAUGUCCCGCUGGCCGGUCAGGAGGCCAUUGGCAAAGCUUCCACGGCCUUCUCGGAAUUAUCAUGACUUUGCCCAGAGCAAGUUCUUCAAGGUUGCAGAGGAGGUCCGGGAUGCCGUCGCGACUGGAAAGCCCGUGGUAGCAUUGGAGACGACGAUCUAUACACAUGGCUUUCCGUACCCUGAGAAUGUGGCGCUGGCGUCGCUUCUGGAGUCGGUCAUCCGUGUAAAUGGCGGUGUUCCCGCGUCCAUCGGCAUCUUCAACGGAGUGGCCCGAGUCGGUCUCGAAGCGGAAGAGCUGAUUGAGCUGUGCGCAAGUGCAGAGAAAAAGAGUGCAUUGAAGGUCUCACGUCGAGAUCUUGGCUACAUCUGCGGCCUGGGAUUAACUGGAAGACCUAUCCAUGGAGGCACCACGAUUUCGGGUACUAUGGUGCUUGCACAUCUAGCAGGUAUCAAGAUAUUUGGCACUGGUGGCUUGGGCGGUGUGCACCGUGGAGGAGAGAUCUCCAUGGAUAUUUCUGCUGACUUGACGGAAUUGGGACGAACACCGGUCACCGUCAUCAGUUCUGGCUGCAAGAGCUUCUUGGAUAUUCCACGGACCCUCGAGUAUCUAGAGACGGAGGGUGUCUGCGUUGGCACAUUCGCAGAUGGGCGCGAAGGACCAGUGGAUUUCCCUGCCUUUUUUACGCGUGAAAGCGGAGUACGAAGCCCGAAAGUGAUUAAGAAUGAGGAGGAAGCUGCGGCUAUUGUCUUUGCGCAAUCAAGACUUCCUGUAACAUCAGGCAUUCAUUUUGCCAACCCAGUCCCCCAGGAGCAUUCAAUCGCCAAGUCGGAAAUGGACAAAAUAAUCGAGGAAGCGGUUCGACUUGCUGAUGUGGAAGGAUAUCACGGAAGCGACAAUACCCCCUUUAUCUUAAGCAAGAUUAAGGAACUCAGCGGCGGGAAGAGUGUGGCUGCUAAUCGUGCUCUCGUCGAAUCGAACGUGAAACGUGCGACCAAGGUUGCCGUGGAGCUUGCUAAACUAGAGAAACUUCACAAAGGAAGCCUCAAUCGGCAAUCGUUUCCGAGCGCCGCUACACCUACGGCCGCAGCUAGUUCUACCAGUACAGAGACCAUAGACAAUUCAACGAGCCCUGACACGGCCAAUUCUCCCACCGAACAUGUAGAAAAAGCAGACAUCCUAAUCGCAGGAUCUCUUGCUAUUGACUUCUCAUGCGACUACGCUCCUUUAGCUGAAAGGAGCACGGAAGUGACGCCUAUCCCGCACACGUCUAAUCCGGCCAUCAUCGGACAGGGUCUAGGUGGUGUCGGACACAACGUUGCCUUAGCUGCCAGCUACGUAGGCAGUCCUGUUAUUUUCUGCAGUGUCGUUGGAAACGACUUCAGCGGCCACGCAGCGCUUGCCGCUCUGAAGAAGGAAAAAUUGACAACAGGGGGCAUUAAGAUCUUACCGUCUGAUUCUGGGGCUCGCACAGCGCAAUAUGUCGCUGUAAACGACGGGAAGAAAGAUCUUGUUCUCGCUAUGGCGGAUAUGAGCAUCAUGGAAAUGCCGAGUCAUGACCUGGACUUUGACGGCUUCUGGGAGCCCAUGCUCCGCCGCACGAAACUAAAAUGGGUCGUAGUCGAUGCAAACUGGAGCUCUGAAGUUCUCGCAAACUGGGUUGCUGCUGCCAGGAAACACGGAGCUCGCGUCGCCUUCGAGCCCGUAUCGACCGCGAAAUCAACACGGCUUUUCAGUAAAGGUCCUGGCCAGAGCCCAGUCAUCGGUCCUGACGAUGCAGUCCCCAAUCAUAUGCUCAAUCUAGCCACCCCGAACAACCUCGAACUGACCGAAAUGUACACCGCGGCACGCGAAGCUGAACUCUUCGAUUCACCCGGCUGGUUCCGCAUCAUCGAUGCCCUUGGCAUGUCGAACGCCGGUUCUCGAGAGAAGCUCGUCUCCAUCACCAAUGCGGAUCUCGUCAGGGAGGGCAUUCCACAACAAAGUAUCCAGCUCCUCCCUUACAUCCCCGCUAUACUGACCAAACUCGGCUCCCGGGGAGUCCUACUCACCCAGCUCCUCCGUCCGCGUGACCCACGUCUAACCGCUCCUGAAUACGCCCCAUACAUCCUCUCCCGUGCAUCAACCGAUGACAAUCUCGUAGGGGGCGUAUACAUGCGUCUCUUCCCACCAGAUGAGGUCCUGGUCGGUAAGCAGAUCGCGAGCGUCAACGGUGCAGGAGACACGUUAUUGGGAGUUGUCGUGGCCGGAUUGGCCAAAGAGACAGGUAAGAAAGGCGACAGACAUCUGGAAGACAUCAUCCCCAUUGCGCAAAAGGCGAGUCUGCGAACGUUGCAGAGUCGAGAUAGUGUCAGCGAACAUAUCAAAGGUCUUUCGACGCUUUUGGAGGCGUUGUGAUUGGUGAGAUGUGAGUGCUUGGAUGGAUUAUGUAGGCUAGAGAUUUUUUUUUUAAAUAAAUAAAUAAAAAAAAAGUUACACAUUA